UGAUGGUAAGUCUGAUAUUUUAUGUCGCGAUACGACGUCCUAGGCAGGCGCGUGCUGAGGGCGCUGCGCGCUGCGUCCGCUGAUCUGGCACGCGAACGAGAACAUCCCGAGGUACCACAGGCCGCUCUCUGCUUCACUUGCGGCGACAUUUUCGCUCUACUUCCUGUCCCGUUCCGCUGCGCAGCGCCAUUGAGCCGGCGCUACCUGGCAAUGCCCUUUUCUCCACCUGCUGUGCUCGUCCGACUGCUUUUGAUCUGCUGGUUCGUCGUCUUGUCGCCGAUGGAUGUGCGCAGCGAUGUGCAGCGCUCGUAUUGUGAUGUGUGCUUCUGAUCUGCUGAAUCUCUGCUUUGCUGGUCUGCUCUUGUCGCCGCGUCGCGUUACGGUGUGGGCAACAGCGUCACUUCCGACGCUGCGCACGUCCUCUUUCUUCCUUCCCUUUCCCGCCAUCGCUGCUCAAGAUGUCCAACAAUGCUGCGCGGUUCGCGGCGGUCGAUGCCUCUCACGGCCACCUUCUUUCAACGCUCAGCGAGACAGAAAAGUCGCUACUGGGCCUGCCGUACGCUGCGAAUGAGCCCGCUCUCGUAAGGGCGAGGCUGCGAGCGAGACGCCUCUUCCUACGCUACAACCAGACGGGGCCGUCAACCCACGACCCUGCGGACCUACCUUCCGGCCAGAAGCCCCAAGGCAUUGGUGGAUCAGACGACGACGGUGCAGAGGUGGCGCCCGGCGUCAACAGCGAGGAGCGACGACACUUGCUGGCCGAGCUGUUUGGCAUCAGCUUCGAGCAGACUGCUCAGGUCGAGGUCGAGCCUCCCUUCUAUUGCGACUACGGCACCAACAUCAAGCUCGAAGGUUCGUGGUACACCAAUUUCAACACCGUCAUUCUCGACUGCUCUGAGGUCAGCAUCGGUACGGGCGUACUCUUUGGUCCAAAGUGAGGACGGCGAGGCGUGCUGCGCGACGCUCAAUUCCUCGGCGGCUGACCUUUCCCUCCGCCCGCUCGCGCAGCGUCUCCAUCUACUGUGGCACCCACACCACCGCCUUGCCCGAACGUCAGGCUGGUCUCGAGCGUGCUCUUCCCGUGAAGAUUGGUCGUGACAGCUGGAUCGGCGGAGGAGUGACCAUC